CGGGCCGCGUAGCACCGCCCCGGCUGGGCAGGCUCUGGGCGAGGCCGCCCCAUCCCGCCGGCCGCGCGCCCCCGUCCGUCCGUGGCCCCAGUGAAGCCGGCACCGCCCGCUUCCUGCUGCGCCCCAGCAGCGCCGCCUGGUUCGCCGCUACCCCCUUUCCCCCCCUCCCUCCGAACAGCGGCUGGAGCCUGCGAGGCGGGGCGGCCGGGCCAAGCGAGGAGAUGAACACGGUGCUGUCCCGGGCCAACUCGCUCUUCGCCUUCUCUUUGAGCGUGAUGGCGGCGCUCACCUUCGGCUGCUUCAUCACCACCGUCUUCAAGGAGCGCAGCGUGCCCGUCAGCAUCGCGGUCUCCCGGGUCACGCUAAAAAAUCUAGAAGAUUUCACUGGACCUAGAGAAAGAAGCGAUCUGGGAUUUGUUACAUUUGACAUUACUGCAGAUCUGCAGAGUAUAUUUGACUGGAAUGUUAAACAAUUGUUUCUAUAUUUGUCUGCAGAAUAUUCAACGAAAAACAAUGCUCUAAACCAGGUGGUACUUUGGGACAAGGUCAUGUUGAGAGGAGAUAAUCCAAAGCUGUUCUUAAAAGAUAUGAAGUCAAAGUACUUUUUUUUUGAUGAUGGAAAUGGUCUCAAGGGAAACAGGAACGUCACUUUGACUCUCUCCUGGAAUGUUGUACCAAAUGCAGGCAUUCUACCUCUUGUAACAGGAUCAGGGCAUGUGUCUGUACCUUUCCCAGAUACCUAUGAAACAACAAAAAGUUAUUAAAUUAUAGUACUGAAUCCUAAGCAAGAUAUUUUUAUAAUUCUAUAUUGUGAAUAAAUUUUACUGCGGUUUCUUCUUAUACCCCACACAA